GAAUCACAUUCACAAAUAAUUGUUUAUCCAAACACACACACACAUUUUUAUGUAUAUUGUCAGCGUAUAUAAGUUACGAUUCUACGUAUCAAUAUAUUGUCAACACUUAUAAGCGUCGAGUCGGAAACAGUUUCAGAAUUCAAAGUUUUUGAAUUCUGGUGAUCCCUUGCUUGCCACUGAACCUACAGGUCAUUUACUGGAGUUCAGCAGAUAUACAGAGUCAGAAUCAAAGUUGCAGAAUUCUACAGAAUUUGUACUGUAUAUUGUAGAUCGGCCUCUGAACCAACACCACCUAUCAAUGUGUCCAUAUACGUAAAGAGUCUAUCCGUCCCAAAUAUUGUAGAUCUGCCUCUGAACCAACACCAACUAUCAAUGCGCCCAUAUACAUAAAAGUCGAUCCAUACGACCAUACCAUAUAUUGUACAUCUACCUCUAAACCAACACCAACUAUCAAUGCGCUCAUAUACAUAAAGAGUUCAUCCAUACCAUAUAUUAUACAUCUGCCUUUGAAACAACACCAACUAUCAAUACGCCCAUAUACACAAAGAGUCAAUCCGCACCAUAUCUUGUACAUCUGCCUCUGAACCAACACCAACUAUCAAUACACACAUAUACAUAAGAGUCUCAGCUUCGAUAUACCGAUAGAAUAAACUACGUACGUUGUGCGCUGCCAGUAUAUAUAAGUUAAAUUCUACAUGUCUGACCUUUCACCUACCCCAAAGUCAAGAACAAACACCAAACAUCCUAUAUAUCGUGGAAUACGAUGUAGAAGUGGUAAAUGGGUAUCAGAAAUUAGACAACCAGGUAAAACAACAAGAAUAUGGCUAGGUACUUACCCUACACCACAAAUGGCUGCUGCUGCCUAUGAUGUUGCUGUCUUAGCACUUAAAGGUUGUCAAAAUGUUGUACUAAAUUUUCCUAAUCAUGUUGAUUCAUAUCCAAAGCUCCCUCCCUCACCAUCUCCCACUGAUAUACAACGCGCCGCGGCCACCGCGGCAGAGGCAAUGGCUUAUCGAGGCGAUGAUGAUCGGUUGUUGGUAAGCAGUAGUGGCGGAACUACAUGUAAUGAAGGAGGUUCAGUUGAAUUCCCAUCGUCUUCAGAAAAUUAUGCCAUGCAAAUGGGGAGUACACAAAUGGUUAGGGAUGAGGAGGAAUAUGUUGAUGAAGAAGCAUUGUUUGAUUUUCCAAGUUUGAUUGUUAAUAUGGCUGAGGCAAUGAUGCUAAGUCCCCCAAGAAUAAAUACAUUUCCAUCAGAAGAUUAUUCAUCAGGAGAAUUUGAUGGUGAAAGUCUUUGGAGCUAUUAACGAGCAGAGACAGAUUCAGAAUUUAGAAUUAUAAUGAAAUUUAGAAAUAGAAAAAGAAUAUAAUUUUGUUAUAGGCAUGAGUAACUAGUAGUAAUAUAUAGAAUAUUUUUCAUUUGUACAUAUAAUUGAAGUUGAAAUUUGAAAAUUUAAAUUUUGGAGUUGUGAUUUUCUGAACUUGUUAUGUUUGGACAUGUAUUUUAUUUGAAAAAAAAAAAAUUAAGUAUUAUGAGUUGAAGUGAAAUUUCUCU